AUGAAUUUUCCCUCUUUCCUCUCGGAAUGCUUCUCUGCCUCUUGGGUUUUUGGAAUUUUAGUUCUCUGUUUUCUCAGUUUCGUCACGGGUUCUUCUUCUUUUUCUUUGUCUUCUCCUUCUUCUUAUCCUCCCGUGGUCAUGGACAUCGCAGCUGAGUUUCAUAAUUACACCGCGAUAUCGGAGUUUCGGAUGAUGAACAGAAGACACUUGAUGCACUGUCUGGAUCCAAAUAAGUUUAUUCUAAUCAAUGUAAGUUCCAAUGCUACCAUUGGUGAUGAAGAAUUUAUCACAGUUAAUGUCAGCGGAAUUUUAAGGCCUGAAGAGGGGGAUUGGAUUGCUAUGAUCACUCCUUCAAAUUCCAGGGUAUCAGCUUGUCCUCUUGAUCGUUUAAUGUAUGCGCAGACGGGUGAUCUCAGUAAACUUCCUCUUCUCUGUCACUACCCUGUUAAGGCACAGUUUUUGUCUAAUGAUCCAGAGUAUCUUGGCUGCAAUAAGAAGGAAUGUAAGAGUUACAAUGCAGAAGGUCAAUGUGAGAUCUCGACCUGCAGCAGUUCCUUAUCAUUCCAUGUCAUCAACAUCAGAACCGACAUUCAAUUUGUGCUUUUCGCUGGUGGGUUUGAAACUCCUUGCAUUUUGAAAAUUUCGAAUAAUCUGAGUUUCUCCAAUCCGAGAAAGCCAUUGUACGGACACCUCUCAAGCAUAGAUUCGACUGGAACAUCGAUAAGAUUGACGUGGGUAAGCGGAGAUCAAGCACCUCAACAAGUUCAAUAUGGAGGCAAAUCGCAAACAUCACAAGUUUCUACAUUCUCGCAGCAGGAUAUGUGCACUUCUCCCAUACCAAGUCCUGCCCACGAGUUUGGUUGGCAUGACCCGGGAUAUAUUCAUUCAGCAGUAAUGACAGGCCUUCAACCUUCAAGCACCUUCUCCUACAGAUAUGGAAGUGAUUCUGUUGGAUGGAGUGAUCAAAUCCAAUUCCGGACUCCACCUGCCGCAGGAUCGGAUAAACUUAAAUUUCUCGCGUUUGGUGACAUGGGAAAGGCUCCUCUUGAUGCUUCUCUCGAACACUACAUUCAGCCAGGAUCGGUCGCAGUGGCCAAAGCCAUGGCUGAUGAAGUUGCUUCUGGUGAUGUAGACUCCAUCUUCCACAUUGGAGACAUAAGUUACGCCACUGGUUUUUUGGUAGAAUGGGAUUACUUCCUCUAUCAGAUCUUCCCCGCUGCUUCUCGAGUUUCUUACAUGACAGCAAUUGGAAACCAUGAGAGGGACUAUGUAGACUCAGGGUCAAAGUACAUCACUCCUGACUCAGGCGGGGAAUGUGGAGUGCCUUAUGAAACUUAUUUUCAGAUGCCAACACCAGCCCAGGAUAAGCCAUGGUACUCCAUUGAACAAGCAAGUGUUCACUUCACAGUAAUUUCAACUGAGCACAGCUGGUUUGAAGAUUCAGAACAGUAUGAAUGGAUGAAGAAAGACAUGGCCUCAGUUAAUCGAUCGGUAACCCCUUGGUUAAUUUUCACUGGACACAGGCCCAUGUACAGUUCAUGCACAUUUGGACCCCUGCCUGGCGGUGUGGAUCGCGAGUUUGUAGGGGCUGUAGAGCCAUUACUACUGACCAACAAGGUUGAUCUUGUUCUGUUUGGCCAUGUUCAUAACUACGAGAGAACCUGCGAGGUUUAUCAAAGUCAAUGCCGUGGUAUGCCUACGAAAGAUGCAGAUGGUAUGGAUGUAUAUGACAACAGCAACUACACUGCUCCAGUUCAAGCAGUCAUUGGAAUGGCUGGCUUCACCUUAGACAAGUUCCCCGAAAACAAUACGGAGAGUUGGAGUUUGUCAAGGGUUUCGGAAUAUGGAUAUGUAAGAAUUAUUGCGACAAGGGAUGAACUGACGUCAGAGUUCGUGAACGCGAAUUCGAGAGAAGUAGAGGACAGCUUCCGCAUCAUCAAAAAGCAAGCUUCUUAACUAUACAGACAAACAGAGAGAGAGAGAGAGAGAGAGAGAGAGAGAGAGAGAGAGAGAGGGAGAGAGUGAAAUCAAAUUAGAAAGUAGGAAUUGUAUGGGGCGAUAGAAGGCAGAGCUAGAUCUUUGAGAGGGUGUAGGAGCUGUGGACAUGCAUUCAUUCUUCUUCCCUUGUGGUAUGCUUUUCUAAUUAAAUUUAGCAGA